AUGGGAAGAACCAAGCUUACAACAUUGAUAGACGAUCACUUACGAAAGUCAAAGAUGAGCAUGAGAGACAAAUAUGUGGUGGACACAGUGUCUCAAACAAGAAAAUAUUUAAAGGAGAAUGAGGAUUUAUUAAUUUUAACGGCAGACAAGGGAGGAAAGACAGUGGCUUUGUACAAAGAUGACUACGAGCAAAAAAUGAAGGCAAUAAUACACGAUAUGUGUAUGUAUAGGCGCUUAAAGAUUGACCCAACAUCUAGGCUACAGACAAGGAACAACAAAUUGGUGGAUAAACUUCACAACUUGAAUCUUAUCAGCAUCCAGGAGAAGAAUAAAUUGACCAGCAAGACCGCAUUGGCCCCUCGAAUAUAUGGACUCCCAAAGAUCCAUAAAGAAGGUACACCGUUGAGACCAAUAUGUUCAUCAAUAAACGCGCCGUCCUAUCAUCUAUUAACCUUUGAAACCACUACUGUAGAUUUUUACAAUGAAAUAAAACACAGACUCAGACGCCUGAAUAGCAAAGCCCUUUUGGUCAUUGGCGAAGGUGAAGCAGCUAAUCAAGUUUCUCUUAAUAAUAUGAAAUCUGCAUUGCAUAUCUUUAAAAACAAGAUGCCAGAACCUAUGCGGACUGUAUUAACUUGCAGAAACCCUGAUAGCCUGGAAUCUGCCAUGGAUAUUUUAUUCGAAAGCGGCUACGCCUACAUGGGAAAAGAUGGUCGUAUAGUAAAAAGGAACGAUAAAGGAAAAAGACAAAAUAAUGAAGGAAAAGACGGGAACCGAGAAUCUUCAGGAAGUGUAAGGAGCCAUAACAAUAGAAAUAAUUAUAAUAAUAAUAGAUCAAAUGAACAUAACAACCAUAAUUAUAAUAAUAGAUCAAAUGACUAUAACAAUCAUAAUCAUAAUAAUAAUAAUAAUAACAGAUCAAAUGAAUAUAACAAUCAUAAUUAUCAACACCGGGAAAACCAUAAUUAUCGGCAGGACAACCCGAAUUAUAACUACAAUCGAAAUCAACAACGUCACGGACAAAACCAUAACCAAUCCCAACAACCAGAACCGAUGGAAAUAAAUAAUGUGCAACCUACUUCCUCAACAGAGAAUCAUCAGAACUACAACCAAAAUAACCAACUAUACAACCAAAGCGAACAAUAUUGCAAAUGUAAUAGACAAAACUCCAACCAACCCAGACAACAAGAACAAAACGAAAAAAAUGCAAACGAUGCACAAAAUUUUCAGCCGACAGCCUCAGCGGAAACCUACCAUAUAUAA